AUGAAGUCCUUCACUAUCGCAGCCAUCCUCGCCGCCACGACCUCCCUGGUCAGCGCGGCCCCGGCCAACCCCACAGGCGGCAACCCUUGCGACGUCAUAAGGUGCUCGUCGGGCACCAUCUGCCAGGUCAGCGGGGACGGGGAGUCUGGCUCGUGCGUGCCCGAGUCGGAGCAGCAGUGCGGCGAAGACGUCGUCUGCGGCCACGGCAGCCGCUGCUGCAACCCGGUCAUGGGCAUCUGCGUCAGCCCACCCAACAUGUUUUGCAUCAUGAGCGGCGGCGGCGGCCUGGUGUCUGACGACGACAACACUACUUCGUCGGAGUGGGCACCGGCGGCUGCGGGUCCCUGCGACGACAUUGUCUGCACGGGAACCACCAUCUGCCAGCCCAGCGAGGACGCCAGCACGGCCAAGUGCGUGCCGAUCGAGGAGCAGCAGUGCGGUGAAGACGUCAUCUGCCCGCACGGCCAGCGCUGCUGCAACCCGUUCCUGGGCAUCUGCCUCACGCCGCCCGACAUGGCUUGUCCGAGGAGUGCCGGUUCUACCCUUCCCCCAGUCCAGCAGCUCGAGGAGACGUUCGAACAGAAGGGCAGCAACAAUGGCACAUUCUGCGGGCCCAACAUCUGCCAGGCCGACGAGACGUGCUGCAACCCGAGCUGCGGCUACUGCACCAAGCCCGGCCAGGGCUGCACCAAGGAGUUUUGCGUCCCCGGGUCGGGUCCGCAGUGCGGCACCAAGGCAUUCUGCCCGUUCGAGUGGGAGUGUUGCAACGCAAGCUGUGGCACCUGUGUCCGUCCCGGCGGUAGCUGCACGAUGCAGUUUUGCGGCGAGUGA